CGCCCUGUCCCGGCGUCCUUUGCGGGUAAACAGACAUGGGCGACGAGGGGGACCCUCAGGACGCUGCGCACAACAUGGGCAACCACCUGCCGCUGCUGCCCGCAGAGAGUGAAGAAGAUGAUGAAAUGGAAGUUGAAGACCAGGAUAGCAAAGAAGCCAAAAAACCAAACAUCAUAAAUUUUGACACAAGUCUGCCAACCUCACAUACAUACCUGGGUGCUGACAUGGAAGAGUUUCAUGGUAGGACUCUGAAUGAUGACGACAGCUGUCAGGUGAUUCCAGUUCUGCCACAGGUGAUGAUGAUCCUGAUUCCUGGGCAGACUCUACCUCUACGGCUUUUUAGCCCUCAAGAAGUCAGUAUGGUGCGGAAUUUAAUUCAGAAAGAUAGAACUUUUGCCGUUCUUGCAUACAGUAAUAUACAGGAAAGAGAAGCACAGUUUGGAACAACAGCAGAGAUAUAUGCCUAUAGAGAAGAACAAGACUUUGGAAUUGAAAUAGUGAAAGUAAUCCAGCAAGCUAAAGUGCAAAUUCUUCCUGAAUGUGUAUUGCCUUCAACUAUGUCUGCAGUUCAGUUAGAAUCCCUCAAUAAGUGCCAGAUAUUUCCUUCAAAACCUGUCUCAUGGGAAGACCAGUAUUCAUGUAAAUGGUGGCAGAAAUACCAGAAGAGAAAGUUUCACUGUGCAAAUCUGACUUCGUGGCCUCGCUGGCUAUACUCGUUAUAUGAUGCUGAAACCUUAAUGGAUAGAAUUAAGAAACAGCUACGUGAAUGGGAUGAAAACCUAAAAGAUGAGUCUCUUCCUUCAAAUCCAAUAGAUUUUUCUUACAGAGUAGCUGCUUGCCUUCCUAUUGAUGAUGUUUUAAGAAUUCAACUACUUAAAAUUGGUAGUGCUAUCCAACGACUUCGCUGUGAAUUAGACAUUAUGAAUAAAUGUACUUCCCUUUGCUGUAAACAAUGUCAAGAAACAGAAAUAACAACCAAAAAUGAAAUAUUCAGUUUAUCCUUAUGUGGGCCGAUGGCUGCUUAUGUGAAUCCUCAUGGAUAUGUACAUGAGACACUUACCGUGUAUAAAGCUUCCAACUUGAAUCUGACAAGCCGGCCUUCUACAGAGCACAGUUGGUUUCCUGGGUAUGCCUGGACUGUUGCCCAGUGUAGGAUCUGUGCGAGUCAUAUUGGAUGGAAAUUUACAGCCACCAAGAAAGACAUGUCACCUCAAAAAUUCUGGGGUUUAACUCGAUCUGCUCUGUUACCCACAAUCCCAGACACUGAUGAUGAAAUAAGCCCAGACAAAGUCAUACUUUGCUUGUAAAUGGAUACAGUAGGGAUAAAAUCACCUAACAAAUUGGUAUUCUCAGAUCAAAUCUACUUUGGGAACUACUGCCUCUGAUACAUAUGUAAGUAAACAGCAACAUUUACACAGACGGUUAUGGUUUCUUAGUCCAGCUAUAUUUGAAGAUUUAAGUUCAAGUACCCUUUCAGAGAAGCUAAAAAAUCAUUCUAAACUACAAGUUGGGUUUAAGAAGUACCAAUUUUAGUAGCUUGGAUCUAUUGUUCUGUGGAAUGUGCUAUAUCUGGAAACGCCAUUUGUAGGACAUGAGGACAUCUUUGAAAGUGAUGUGACUGCCCAGUGCACAAUAAAUUAAUCAUCUGACCCUCUUUAUGGAGAAGAUAUUGACCCCCGUACUGACAAUGGUGCAAGUUUUGAAUGUUGUAAAAGCAGAGGUGCCAAGCACAAGUACAUGAGAGGCGAGACUGCGUACAUUAUUUUAAAAGCACUUUGAGUUUUUUAUCUCUAGCUUCUCUGACAGUGAUUUGUAAAUUUCAAAAUAUUAAAGAGUAAAAUAUGCAGUUUGAGCCCAAAAA